ACCGCUUGGUGACGCUAACCAAGGGGUGAUUGUUUAUGUUCGGUGGUUGAUAACGUAUUACUGCUGUGAUCUGUAACGUUGCAGUUCUUUUGUGUUGUUAAAGUUACUCUUGCAUCAUGGCAACAGCUUCAGCAAAUACAUCUGUCAGCGAAGAUGAACUGAUAGGCGAUAAGAAUGUGAUAGUGGAGUCGAUAUCAAGGUUUUAUAACAGCACAGAAAUGAGUGACAUUGUAUUAAAACUUGGAAACCAGCGAUUCAGUUCACAUCGUUUUGUGCUUGUUCUUUUAAGUGAUGUGUUUCGUGCAAUGUGUUCCAAAAGAUGGGAUAAUAACAAAGUGAAUGAAAUUGAACUGAAUGAAAAUGAGCAAUGUAUUCCUGUGUUUCCACGCUUCUUACAUUUUCUAUACCAUGGUACUGUGUAUGUGAACACAACCACUGCGUUACCUUUACUUAUGUUGGCGGAUAAAUACAACGUGCAACCACUGAAGCAAUCAUGUGAACGAUAUGUUCAUACUCAGGUCCAUGAAGGCAAUGUAAUUGGAGCUAUCCGAUGGCUGCCAUAUUUACAACUAUGCGGCCACCGUGAUUUAGAAAACUCUUGCAUUGAAGUUAUUGUAAUGGAAAUGGAAUUCGUUCUCAAAUUUGACGACUUCCUGCUGCUUAAUCUUGACUUCCUAGUUUUGUUGUUGGGACGAAACGACAUUGUUGUCUCGUCCGAGUAUUCCUUGUACAAGGGAGUUGUUAAAUGGUUGGAAGCAAACAACAGCGGCGACAAUCAAAACAACUUUGAAGUUCUCAUUCCACAAAUACGUUUCUCCAUGAUGUUUCCAGAGCAACUAAUCGAAAUUGAAAAAUCAGAGUUUUAUCGUCUCCACCAAGAUGUUAUCGGACCUUUCCUAUCUCUUGCUCACCGUUUUCGAUCUUUGGCUUUGGAGGUAUCAGAUGAUUCAUUUUGUGACAACAUCUACCGACCAAGGAACUACACCAACAGUGUGUGGUGUCAUUACGUUACACUUGAUGCUGACAGCGUUAAUUUCCACAAUAAAUGCGUCAAUCUACAGAAUGCAAACGACAUGCUCAUGUCAGCACAUCAGCGUGACCCAAACUGGCAGGUCCAGGUUCUCAACAGUGAAAAGAGAGACAACAACAGCAGUGUAUUAUCAUCAGAACGUGGUUUUCGGCGUCAAAGCAGCACAUUAUUCGCGAACCCUUCAGCAGCCACUUCCACAAUCCCAUUGUAUGUGAUGAUACGUCCUUUGCGACCGGUGCGUUCCAAUAUUGUGGUUGACAUCUCAAUGUUUCAAGUGAAGAAGGAAAAGUUAAGUCACCACCUUGACACAAAGUCACUUCUACCAGAUUCGAAUUUAGCAGAAAACGGAGCAGUUGGAAAUGGAUCACAGAGACCAAAGAUUCAGAUCAAUGGCCCUCGAUUCUUCUACCCUGCCACAUCCACACGUGAUAAGAUGUUUCAAUCGGUUCCCAUACAUUUCUCACUACUGCCGCAAACAGCUUCUGAACAGAAAGUCAUUCUUCACCAUGAAUUUAACCGGGAUAGCCUGGAACACCCGCCCGAGAUCCCUUGCGUGUCGUUUGGACCUCAUUUCACCAACCCUGCCCGCCCCGUGCACACUGUCCGUCUCGCCAUCAUCACUAAACCAAGAUUUCGAUCAAAUGACGACGUAGCAGCGGAAGCUAACAAUGAGGAAGAUUGUGCUGAUGAAGCUCUUCCAAUUCUAGGCUGAUUGAGUGAAAUUACUUUGACAACUACAAGGGGCAUAGUUAGCUAGCCGACACUGACACUUAGUGAAUUGUUUGGUACCCCCAGCUACAUGUUGUGGUAGCUUCUCAUGCUGUUCCAUUUUUAGUUAUUGUCACACAAUUUUCAGGUUUUCUGUUAGCUAAGAUGAUUUUUUGUUUCUAUUUGUCAUUUUAAGCUAUUCCGCUGUCUUUAACAUUCCAGUGUGAAUUAGUAAUGCUUAUUUAUUAGAUACCUGGAGAGUGCAAUUUACGUAAUAAACCACACACACACACACACUCAAAAAA